UCUGACUCCAACAGCCCUCCUCCACACCACACGCGGGAACAUGGGCGAUUUGACCAGCGCCUCCGCCUCGUCCCUCCCGCCGAGCGACCUCCCUUCCGACGCACGCUGUGACGCCGGCCCCCUCCUCCGCGCCCCGAGGCCGCGCCCGCGUUGACCCCCGCCUCCUCCACCACCACCGCCUUGCCCUCCGUCCACCUCUCCCAGCCCCUUUGCGUCCUCCCCAAGGCCCUUCAUGCCGUCGAAAGGCAUCUCCUCCCCCCCUUUUAGCGUCCACCGUCCCCUCCUCCCUUCCUCCACCGCCUCCUUCCUUCCAAACCACCGGCAUUCUAUUUCUCUUCGCCGCUGCGCUUCUUGCUCGGCGCCGGAGGUCUCCGUCCAGGUGCGGUGACCAUGUCAGUGGAGUUCAGGUCCGAGUGCGAUGACAUCGAGGAGGCCAAGUCCCCCAACAACACAAGCGUCGCCGCCGUCGCCGUCAAGAACGCCGACGCGUCGGUCUACAAGAUCAUCCACGGCUACCUGAAGCAGAAGAACACCUCCAUCAUCAGAGUCGCCACCAAUGUUGCCAGGAAAGCGGCUUCGAACAAGUAUACUACUAAUUUAACACACCGCUCAGUAAUCAGUUUGUUUGUGCUAGAUUCAUGGGGGAAGAGAAAAAUGAACCGAUUGCUUUGCGUGCUGUCCAGAUUAUCGAGGAAGACCUCUGAUGUUUUCGACAGCUUACUUCAGCAGCAGCAGAGCAAGUGGGGAAAUAAAACUGGGCCUUUACUCUCGGGGAUUUCUUACUGCAUUGCUUCCUGCAGCAUGAUAUUGCUCAACAAGGUUGUUCUCUCCAGCUACAAUUUCAGUGCCGGCAUAUCACUGAUGUUAUAUCAGAACCUUAUAUCUGUGGUCAUUCUUCUGGCACUUGAGCUCUUCCGUGUAAUUUCAACGGAAAAACUCACAUGGAAGUUGAUUAAAGUCUGGAUUCCGGUGAAUCUUAUUUUCAUCGGGAUGCUUGUGUCUGGAAUGUACAGUUUGAGGUACAUAAAUGUUGCAAUGGUGACGAUAUUAAAGAAUAUGACAAAUAUUAUAACAGCCAUAGGGGAGGUAUACAUUUUCAAGAAGGGUCAGAAUAAAAAAGUUUGGGCUGCAUUGUGUCUGAUGAUUGUAUCAGCUGUAUGUGGGGGGAUUACAGAUAUCUCUUUCCAUCUAGUUGGUUACACGUGGCAAAUUUUAAAUUGCUUUCUAACAGCAGGCUACUCGCUUACACUGAGGCGCCUGAUGGAUACAGCUAAACAAUCAACAAAAUCCGGUUCCCUCAAUGAAGUUUCUAUGGUGUUACUUAACAAUGCAAUCUCAAUUCCCUUCGCACUCAUUUUGAUUGUUGUCUUCAAUGAGUGGGAAUAUGUUUAUCAAGCUGAAGUUAUUAGAGAGCCUAUGUUCUGGGUUGUUGCAACAGCUAGUGGUUUGCUAGGCCUAGCGAUCAGCUUCUCAUCAGUGUGGUUUUUACAUCAGACUGGUCCAACAACUUACAGCCUUGUUGGCUCUCUAAACAAGAUACCGAUUUCGGUUGCUGGUAUCUUGCUAUUCAACGUCCCCGUGAGUGUGGAAAACUUUUUCAGCGUAGUUUUCGGUGAGCAUUUGUUUCAUCUCUGCUUCCAUGUUAUCCUAACGUAUGCAUGACACAUUUCUACACGUUCUCACCAGGUCUUUUUGCUGGGAUAUUCUUUGCGAAGGCAAAAAUGUCAUAGUGUGCUCUAUCCCCGUGUGGGUGUAACAUGAAAAGGUCCUGCAGCAAGUCAGCCUAUCAACUGUACAGAGAUAUGAUCAGAGUUCAUUUGUUCCCAUUGCAUCUAUCUUGGUUUUUGAUGCGAAGUUAUCAAGCUUUGCUCUCUCCACUCAUAAUGGUAUGCCAUUUGUAUGCAUGCCCUCAGUUUUGUGCCAUAACUAUUUCAAGGCAGAAGGAGCUCUGCAAAACUAGACUGCAAUGAAACUCCAACAAUAUCUCUCCUCAAGAAAAUGAAUUGGACGACUAAGCAAAAUAAAGAAAGGAUUUGCGCAUCCAACUUGGGUUUUCAACCAAUCAGUCUUCAGGGAAUCAUGUCAAAAUGUCACCAAUCUUUAUGCAAGAAAAACUUAUGUUGGUUCUUGGGUCUAGCUAGUGUUUCUGACUCUGCCGAGAGAGAUAUCUUUAUUUGUCUGACACUACUAAAUCCUAAGCUCCUUUGAAGAAAUAAGGCAACCAAUUCGUAAAUCCGUAAAUCGGCUAAGCAAAACCAGAAAAUAUUUGGCAAGUCAUGCACUUCUUUGUAAGAUCAUAGGCAAAUUAAACAAGAUCAGCUCCUUUCAAUCCAUGCCAUACUGAGCUGAACAAAAUAAUGUUGCGUGAAGUAUAUCAUAUUAUCACAUGAAAAAUCACUUGAGGCACACCUCACACGACACGUAUAUACGCAAUCUUUCCAAAGCAAAUCCAGCUUGGGGUUUCAGGAAUUACACCUCACAUGUACGCAUGCACGCACGUUCAGCCUUUCUUGGCGAACAGCCCGCCCAAGUUGAACCCGCCGCCGCUGC